AUGUUAGAGGAAAAAAAUAAUAGUGAACAAUGUAAAAAUGAAAACUAUGAAAAUAAAUACCUCUCUCAAUUUUAUUCUUUUUUAAAUUCUAAUUAUAUCAAAAAUACAUUUGAAAAUAAACUAGAAUAUAGUAGUGAUAUAAAGAAAAAACAUAUAUCUUGUAGAAAAGCAUAUAAAUACCUAAUAAGGAAAUUUAAGAAAGUAGCUAUAGAAAGUGAUUUAUAUCUUGAAGAAAUUGAAAUUAGAAAUGGAAACGAGAAACUUAUCAUACAGCUGUUUGGGAAAAAUUCAGUCACUUUAAAAAAACUUUAUAAAAAAAAAAAAUUAAUUGAUCAUUACUUUUUUCUUCUUAUUUUGUUUAAUGUACUGUCUAAUUUGCCUUAUUCUAUUACUCCAAUUCAAAAGUUUAUAAAUAUAUGUGAUAGUUAUACCAACUAUGGCAUAAAUCUUCUAAUGGAUUUGAAUUGGAAAUUUUAUAGAAAAAGGAAAAAAAUUCAUAAAAUUUAUUUUGAGCCAGUUUUUCAUUUAUUGAUAUUAUUAUGGAAUAACCAUUACUUUCAUAUUUCCUUGUCUAAUACUUUAAUAAUAUUAACCUUUUUCUAUAAAAUGUACAUAAUUUUAAAAAAACUACAAAUAAGGAAUGUUAAUUUAUUUGAUAAUAUAUACAUUUUAUGCUCUUCAUAUGUCAAUAAAAUAAAUUCUAUGUUGUGGUUCAGUAUUUAUUUAAUAAUUAAAAGAAUGUUAAUAGAUGAAUGUGAAAUAAAAAUUAUGAAAAAAAAGAAAACUUAUUUAAUUCUACCAAUAUUUACAGAUAUUAUAAAAAUUUUAGAUGUAUACGAUGAAAUAAUUAAAAAAACAAAUAUAAAUCCUUUAGUGAAACUUUAUGAAGAAUUAAAAUUAUUCCUAUUUUUCUUUUUUCAUAAAUUAUUAUAUAAUUUAAUAAUAGAACAAAAUAUGAUACCUCAGAAUAUUUUCAAAUAUUUACAAAUAAAUAAUAAUUUUUUAUCUAAUAAAAAAAAAAAAUAUAAUAAAUUAAUUUCAUACAACUGUAAAAAUAAAAAACAGAGCGAAAUAUAUAACAGUUAUUAUAAAUAUACUAAUUCAAUUAAUGAAAAUUUCAUAUUUCUAUCAUUUAUUGAAAAUUUUUGUUUAUUUAAUUCUUUUACGGAAGACAAAACAAAUUAUUCUUUUUCUUCUUUAUCUUUUUCUUUCAAUUCAAUUAACUCUUCUUCAUUGUCUAAUGAGAAUGAAUUGGUAAAUAAAAAGAAAAGAGAAGAUUUAAAGGAUGAAAAUGUGCCAGAUAAUAUUUUUAGUAAAAAUGAAAAACCAUUUCAAAUAAUAAAAAUGUGUAAAAAUAAAAUAGAAAUAUUAAAUAUGCAGUACAGUCAUUUUUUUAUUCAUAAAUGUAAAAAUGAAAAUAAAUAUAUAUUAUUAAUUAAAAGUUAUUUCAAUGAUUAUUUGUGCGCUCUUGUAAAUAGUUUAUACAUCUAUUCAAAAACGAUCUAUUCACCUAAAAAUUUUAAGAAAUCAAAUAAGGACAAAAAAUAUAAUGAAUUACAAAUAAAUGAAAAAAAACAAACAAAUGAAGAUACCAACAAUGAAAUGGAGGAUGAUAGUAAUCAAAAAGUGAAUAAAAAUAUAAUGAAUAAUAAAAAAGAAAUUGUAGAAGAGUUUAAUGAAAAAAAAAAUAUUGAAACUACUGAAAAGGAAAAUAUUGAAAAUGACAAUGAAAAAAAUUUAUUUAAUGGAGAAAGAAUAGAUGAUUUAUACUAUCAAGAAUAUGUAAAAAUUGAUAAUAAUUUUUUUUUUGAAAUUAAUAAUAACAAUCCAGAUAAAUAUGCAAUGAGUGAUAAUGAUAGCAUAAAUGAAUUUAAUAUGAUACACAAUCAAAAAAUACAAAAUCCAUAUAAAUUAAUGGAAAACAAAAAAGAAAAAAAAAAAAAAUUUGGAGAAAAUAAAACAAAAAUAUUCAAUAUUUUAAUAAGCUUUAUAGAAGUGAUAUAUAGAAAUAUUUUUAAAAAAAUUUUAAAAAAAAUAAAUAACAGUAAAAGUAUAAUUGAAUUAAAACUAUAUUCAUAUAUAGAAAAAAUAUAUGAAUAUAAUACUUAUUAUUGUUUAAAAAACAGAUUAAAAAAAUUUUGUUUUAUUUUAUUUUUUUCCGUAACGUUAAAAAACUUAAUAAAAGAAUAUAUAUGUAAAAUAAAUAAAGAAAAAGUAAAUAAAAACACAUUUGAAAAUUUUCAAUCUACAUUAAUAUAUGAUACAUGUAGCUUUAUUAAAAUAUAUAAUCAAUUAAUAGAAAUAGAUUUUAAAGAUUUUUUUGAUAAUAAAUAUAUUAAUUUUCUUAUUUACUUAAAGAAUAUACUUACUUUACCGAGUGAUAAAUUAUUACAUCUUCCUAUAAAAAAUAAAUAUUUCUUUUAUUAUAUCAGUAAUAAAAGAAUAGAUAUAAAUUUUAAUAACUUUAUUGAAGACUAUAAAUUAAAAAAUGCCAUAAUUGAAAAUAAAAAAAUAAAUAAUGAAAACAAUUCAGAAAAUAAUAGCUUAUCAUCAAAUAACCUUAACGUGCAAUUUGAAGAAAGAAAAAAAGAAAAAAAAAUUAUUGAAAACAAAGAUAAAGGAGAAAAGAAAGAAGAUAAUACAUUAAGCUCUAUAAACCCUUUAAAUAAGAAAAAAAUAAAUAAUUCACAUGAUUGUUUAUCAAGAAAGGAAGCUAAUGAAGAAAAAGAAUGCAAUAAUAUGAAAACAGAGAGUAAUGAAAUAAAUAUAUAUAAUGAUAUGAGUGACAUUGAUAAUGAGGAAUUCAGUGAAAAUGAAAAGAAAUCCAUAUUUUCUCAAAAUGAAAAUAAUGUAAAUAUUAAAUAUCCUUCAAAUAGUGGUAAUAAUAGUGAAAUUAAUAAAAAUGAAAAAAAAAAAAAAAAAGAUAUACAUUAUCUGGAUGAAAUUGAAACAAUUAGAAAAUGUGAUUUAGACAAUCCUAGUAGUGAUAAAUCAAUUUUUAAAAAAAACAAAAAUAAUUCAUUUGUUGAAAAUGAAAAUAAUUCAUUUAUUGAAAAUGAAAAUAAUUCAUUUAUUGAAAAUGAAAAUAAUUUAUUUAUUGAAAAUAAAAAUAAUUUAUUUAUUGAAAAUAAAAAUAAUUUAAAUUAUGAAACUGAUACAAGUAAAACAUAUAAUGAAAACCUUAAUGUUAAAGAAAGAAAAAAAAAAAAUACAAACUCACUUAAUCAGAGUGAAGAUGAAAUAGAUAAAGAUUAUGAUAUAAGUAGUAUUUAUAGUGAAGAAUUUGAUUAUAAAAAGAAAAUAAAAAAAAAAAAUACCUUAUUUGAAAUGAACGAAGAUGAAAUAAAAAAUUGUAUAAAGGUUUAUAUAAAAAACGCAAAUGGACAGUUUGAUAGAAAAAUAUUAAUUUUAAAAGAUGAUAAAAUUUAUUUUUAUAACUCAGAAAAUUCUAUAUCUUAUGAUUCUUUUUAUUUUUUAAUGGAAAUAAAAAAAAUAUAUUCUUAUGAUGGUUUUUUUGAUUCAUUAAUUAGUUCACAAAAGCUAAAUAUAGUGAAUUCAACAAAUUCUUCCUCUACUGACGAUGAUGUUGAUUUUUAUUCAAAAAAUAAAGAAAGCUUUUCGUCAGAAAGUGAAUGGCAAAAAUGCGGAUUUGACGCAAAAAUAAUAUUCCAUAACUCUCUUAGAAAAAAUAUUCAAUUAAUGUUCAUAGACCAAGACUACGAAAAAUUUGUCACAAAAAUUAAUAACGUUUUAGUUCAAGAGCGAGAUAGAAACUAUGAAUACGUAAACUUGAGUUAUGAUAAGAAUAUAGAAAAUCAAAUGAUAUCAGAGUAUUUAAAUAAUAACAUAAAAACAGAAGAAAAUAAAGAAAAAUAUUUUAGUACAAAAAGUAAUAGCAUAUCAGAAAAUGAAAGCUCUGAUUACAAGGAUAGCAAUCAAUAUAAUAAUAACAAACUCGUAAAUACGGACAAUAAAUAUGAUUCAUCUCAAAACGAUAUAGAAGAAAAUGAAAAUAUACUAAAUAAUAUACUAAAUGACAAUAAAGAUAUAUUAGAAAAAAAAAAUAAUUCAACAAAUAACUCACAAACAUAUAUUAACUUUGAGGAAUAUAGAUAUUCAUCUAGUACUACUGAUAUUUAUAUAAAGGAGAAAAAUUACUUUUCAAAGAAACAAAAAAUAAAAGUAAAAAAAGAAAAUAAAAUGAAACUCUUUAAAAAUAUAAAUAAAAAUGAUAUAUAUAAUUUAUUUUUUGAAGAAAUAUAUAGAUUAUAUAAAAACAAAAAUAAUAAUAUUUCAAAAAAAAAUUCAGAUGAUCUUUUUUUUUAUAAAUCUGUAAAUAAACUUUACUUUACAAUAAAUCUCUCCUGA